AUGACAGCAGGGUUUGAAUCAAUAGCAAUCACUCUGUCUCACAUGGCGUACGUCCUGGCCACAGACCCUGAAAUACAGGAGAAACUCCACGAAGAACUGGACAACGCAAUCAAAACCCUUGGGGACAUGCCUCUGUGCGACUUUGUUAACAGUCUGGACUAUCUCGACCGGCCGAUUUGCGAGGUCUUAAGUCUUUACACCCCUCGUUUCAAUAACAGCCGGAGAUGCCACGAGCACGUGCACCAUAAAUGGUAUCACAAUUCCACGUGGUGUAUACGUGUUCAUCCCAGUCUGUGUACUCCACCGUGACCCUGCGUUAUGGCCUGAUCCGGAGAAAUACUACCCUGGGCCAAGUUGUUCGAACGCGGGCUAGCGCUAAUACCGGGUUAAAUCUUAACCCGGGUUUCUUUUUCUUUUUAUCAAAACCACUCUCUCGGAUAAUUUUCUCUAGUUUUUAGCAUAUCCAAUCAUCAAGUUGUAGGCAAAGAGAAUUGAACUGAAUUUGCUUUUUAAGCUCUCAUAUCAGAGUUCAAAAUUUCAGCUUCGAACAACCCGGCCCUGAUCGGUUCUCCCCAAAGAACAAGGAAACCCACGAUGUAUACUCGCACAUACCGUUUCGAGUGGGUCCACGGCAAUGUAUUGGCUACAAGUUCGCCUUGCUAGAGUUAAAAACAGCAAUGUUCAAUGCAUUCUCUCCAAAGUUCAGUUUCAACGAGCUGCAGAGACGGUGCCCCAGCUGUAGUUUCGGGGCGUGCUUAUAAUGCAACCAAGUGACCCAAUUUUCUUGCAACUAGUAACUAGCUUUUAGCCCAUUUCAUUUAUCAACAAUCGUCAGAAGAAAUCAGUUUCAGGAAGGGGUGAAGUAAACGUGUUUCCUUAAAUUUUAUGUCUUGCUUAAAAAUUCGAGCUCUUUAUUUGAUAUGAAAAAACCGUGGAGAGUGAAUCUCCCCGUCUUUCUCACUUAACGUCCUUAGUACUGAUUGUUUAGUCAUUAAUUCCCUAUUUUCCCACACAUCAUUGAAUUAUCUGGCUUUGGGCUUUCAUUUUUUGUAAUUGGGAAAUCCGUAGACUACAAGCUGUGUAUUAUUUUUCUGCUGUUUAGUGCACACGUACCACGCGAAUAGCAAGCGGGAAGGCCGCGAGACGCGCACGAGGAAUGAACCCGUUAGUCUGUACCUUGUUCCAGGUUCCAACACAGUAGGAAAACUACCGCAAAAAGCCCCGUUUUCGCUCGCUCACUUUUUCUCUGCUUUUCUCGCCCGCUUUUUCGCCGGGCUCCACUGACCGAAAGCCUGGUACAGCUAGUCAGACUGGGAAGAGACACACCCCACUAACUUUGAAGAAAAAUCGAAAAAGGAAAAUCUAGUGAUCAAAAACACCCUGUAGUUUUUUUAGCGGCAACAUUCCAAAAACAAGCAAGUAACCACAUCAGAUAAGCAAAACUUGGUAAAAUUUAUUUUAACACCACAGCAUCUUAUUCCACCCAUCCCAAAUCUGCUUGCCAAUAUUCAUCCACAAGAGAUCUAGGGAAACCUGGAAGUAGUUUUCUAACAACCCACACAUUGAAAGGUUGCAUUAUUCUUGGUUUCCAGCCAUCAGACAUGACGGCCAUAAUGGUGGUCAAUAAGAUGACAUUUUUUUGCAGAAUUUUUUAUGAAAACGGAGUUUAGUUCCCAGAGAAGAGAACUGCUUUUGUUCUUGACCACCAACAUGGCCACUGCCCAGUAACUUCAUGUGCAAUCCAGCAAUAGUUAGAGUAAUAAUGAUUAUAGUCCAGCAUUACCUUAUGCCUAAUGUCCUCACACACUAAAAUAAUUAGCAUGGCUAAAGAAACACACAAAAAAACAAUUACAUAAUUAUAAAUUAAAUUUAGAAUCCCUUAACCAGAUCCAGGAACACAAUGACUCCAAGUCAGCCAUGGACAAAGAAAGCUCAGAGAACUUACUAUGAUUGGCUGUUUUAGUUAAGAAUCAGGUCUUAUCCCUAUAGUUCCUCUUAUUGGUCUUUCUCGAUAAAGAGCGUUUUCACUCACGUGGCCAGCAUCUAUGCAAAUUCAUUGGAACAAAAGAAUGUGUUUACAUAAGAAAAGAAGUAAACUCCCACAGGUUUGGUUUGGUUCAUCAACACAGGCAACAUUUCAUUGUUUUGGAACACCAAUUUGGCUACCGUGACAUCACGUGAAAACGCUUGGUUAGGUAUGGUCUUAUUAGAGCUUAUAGUUGUUUCUUGGUGCUCAUGACAUAAAUGUUCUGCUGUAACAGGGGCGUAGCUGGGGGGGUCCUGGGGUGCCCGUGACCCCCCCUCUUGGUAGGCCUUCUUUUGAGCAAACAACCUACAAUAUUCAGGUGGCAAAAAUGCCAUGACAAUAUCUUGGCCGUAAAAGCCAUUGUUGAAAAGCCCACUUUUUUAAAAUUUGUUUUUUUUGUUAAGUAUUUUCAUCAAUGGCUCUUGUCUUUAGUUAAUAUGGGCCUUCAUGCUGUGAUAAUAUGACUGAGCCCGCUGAUACGCGAGGGAGAGCAGCGGUAUAAACCAUAUAUAGUC